AUGGAAAUAACAGCCAGUGGAAGUCGGAAUGCCCCUUUAUUUGGCAAAAAAAUUUACAUGCAUUAUGAGACAGGAACAAGACCUCACAAAGACCUGGAGAAAGUUUUGCAACUCCUGAAAGCCGAAAUCGUUCAAUUUUUCGAUCGGAAAGUCGACUAUGUGAUUACCAACGUCCCAUCGUCGCGCAUUCCGCCAUCUUCUGGGGCAUCCACCCCUCAAUCUGAAAAAUCACUCAAAGAAAAUGUCGAUCCAGCUUUAGGGUCCAGUUCCGAAAAAUCACAGAAGUCGCCGUAUACACCGGCUACACCGCGCCUACUUACAGAUGCAGGGUACAAACCCAGGGGUGUUACACGGGGACGAGCGAUGCUACUGGCUGCUGCUAAGACUCCCAAACUCUCCAUCGCUUCUCCUUCACCUAUCCAAUCCAUUUCUGUAAGUCAGGUUGUUGCUAACAUUAUUGCCAAGCCUCAGCAUUUUCAUUUCGCUUUCCUAGUUGAGAGAUCUGUAAAGAAGUGGAUUCGAAAACUCCCAGAAGACAUUAAAGAACAACUGGAAACCGGUGAAAGUCCCUUCCUCGACUUCGAGGCUAACCCAGAACCUGAUGAUCCCGAACGCGACCGAAUAUGUUGUGUUCGACAUCUGACGGCGCCCUGCAUUAAAAUUGUUGACUUGAAUGGGCGGACACGACCAUACUACAUGGAGGAGACCAAUUACCUUGGACCCCUUUGGCAGGCCAUUUUGAAUCCCCCACCUCAGCUAAACCGCGUUCGGGACUCCUUAUCGGUCUGCGACGCACCAGCACUGGGCCCUCCUCAAGGCGCCGCAGCCGCCGCCGCCACCCCCGAGGGAUGCACCACGCCUCAGGCCAGCGUCGGUCACAACCCCUCCACCAACCAGAUCACCUCCCUGCGCACCACUCAGGCCACUAAGGCCGGUCCGGGGGGUGGGUCCCGAAAGCACUCCCAGCAGGUCCCGAUACGUCGGCAGAGCUUUGGGCCACGAACCCCUGGGAAACGAAAACGGCCCCAGCCACAACCAAAGACUAUUCGCGAUGGUAUUGCCGAGCCAUCCGGUUAUUGUGAAUGCUGUGCGGUCUCCUACAAUAACCUUUACGAGCCCCUUAGGCACUCAAAAGUGGAUAUCGUUAAUCCUGCUGAAGAGUCGGCCUUCGUGUUUCCCUUCGAGUCUGCCCCAUCUUAUUGCACGCCAUCUGUUGAGUUACCCGCAUCGUGUGUACAUGCAAAGAGGCUUGGUGAAGUUGGACUUGCACACACAUUGUAUAUCGCGGAAUGCUUAAACCUUCCUUUAUGCCUGGCAUUUCAGCACAUCCACGGAAAGGACCACACACAGUUUGCGGAGAAUCCAGAAAACUUCCGCAGUCUCGACCAGUUUUUUAGCGAAUUGCCGUCGAUGGAGGAGGUUUUGGCGAAAGCUCGAGCUAAAUUCGCUGAUUCGACUGCUUCAGCAGCCACCGCGCCACCUGAUCAGAGUCCAGUCAACAUUGAAAAUCAAGAGUCCGCUAGACCACCCGCCGGUGUUCCGCUACCUCCGACCGAGGCGGUUAUGGAGCCUAAAUCACCACAAAAAAAGACUAGUGAAGGGCACCCAAACGAAAUGAUGCCAGACUUUCAUUUGAUUCCACCUCCACCAACUCCUUCGGUUCCCCAAGAUUACGCGAUAAACGACACUGCUGCUCCCCAACUCUUCAGCGAUCCAGAGAAUGAGAGUGACGUCGGGAAUCCGAACGACGCUGUUCCCACUGGCGCAAAAUCAACGUCCCUUCUGCCGUCUCCCACCACUCAAUUCGUGCCCAAUUUGGUGUCCACCGUCUUCUCCCUCGAGCCUCUCUCUCCUCCUCCCGGCUUUGCGGACCUCCCCGGUUCCUCCCCGACCGAAGAAGCGCCCAAUAUAGUACUUCCUCCACCAGAAGCCUUUGCUGAUGACUGCGGAUUCGAAGUUUCCGAACCGGGUCCUUGCCUUCGACCACCUCCGCCUCUUAUUCCCAUUGGUGAUGUGCGUAGGGAUGAUCACAACAUUCCCAUCGAAUCAACAGCCCCCAGCCCUCUCUUUCGUUUGGAACCAGGGGAUCCCGAUCCAACCAAUCCAGCGCUUACCCGUAGCCCCUCUUUUUGCCUGCCCCUGAUUGGCGAUGCUAGGGCUGCAGCGAGCCCGAGCCAAAAGGCGUCGGUUGCAGAUGGAGACCCCCAGUCACCUCCAAGUGAUCGAGUGAAAGGGUGGCAGCAAGCUAUCGGUUGUCUAUCGGUCAAGUCCCCAACAGUUUCUCCGUCAAAGAGAUCUGGGUUGAAGAAGCCACCACCCACUAAUCUUUCACCGAUCCUUCCAAAGAUGCGUAGACGAUGCGGCAAUUGUCAUCGUGUCCACCUCCCCGACGAAUUACCAUUACAUCUUCAGUUGCAGGUGGGUGUUUGGGGUUUGGCCUCUUUUGCAUUGCAUACCCCUGCGAAGAUGGAUGUGCCGGCGUAUGCCCCCUGGCCCCAUUGCUACGCCUCACACUUGAACUUGGCGGCUUCUGAUGUCACAAAACUCCCAUCUUGCGCAUUACCAACAGCGGAUCAACGCAGUCUGCGGAGAGCAAAGAAGAGAAGCUACUCCGGUCCGGCAUCCGCUGACAUGCCCAAGUCCUUCCGAUCGAGCGAACAUAAGGCGACUUCACUUUCCCUCAAACAAAAGUCACCAAAUCCUCCCUUUCCUUGUGGUAUUUGCGGUGAAAAUGUGAACUACAAAGUUUGGAGCAUACGUUGCUCGAGUUGUCGCCUUUGGAUUCAUGCGAGCUGUUCUCAAAUGGAAUUGGCACAGAUUCGUCAGCUUCCGAAAGUCCACACAUGGACGUGUCCUGUUUGCCGCGCCCGUUAA